AUAGUAAUUUCAAGAUGGCGCAGGAUGCAACAGAAAUCAGGAAAAAAUUGUUUAGAUCUCCUAUGGUUGAGGGUGACAGGUUAGCAGACAACGAUACUUCAAUGAAUCUAAUGACAAGAUUACACAUCGAACAUGAUAUGGAACAUGUAUUUAAAACAGUAAAAAAAGAUAUGCAUGAACAAAGGUUGAAGCAACUAAGACAGAAACUAAAGACACUGGAAGAAGAUGACUGGAGGUAUCCCCCUGUGGAGAAGUUGAUUGGUCUUCAUUGACAGACAUGUGUAUAAAAAAUAGUAAAUAUGUACAAACAAAGCAAAAAUUCAGAAACAAAUAGAAUUACAAAAUCCUGCCAAGAAGACUUCAUUUUGUUCAGCUGGGAGUGUCACAGAGCUGUGGAGUGGUUUCAGUUUAUUAGAGCUUAAAAGAAAUAAGAAAUAAAAUGCAUAGACUCUCGAUUAGUUCACCAGUAUGAAUAUGUGCACUGUUAUUCACUUCUUUUUGUUGUACAGGAGUAAUGAUGUGAAUGGGAGUUAGAGUACUUGUAUUAAACUAUAUUUUUAUUUAAAUAAACAUGCUUUUUUUUU